GUCGCAGCCCGGGGAGGGAGCCUGGGAAGCGCCCCUUAGCCGCGGUGCCGUCCCGUCCCAGCCCGCUCCCGCCCAUUCCUCGGGCUGGACCCUGCCCGGGUUCCCGCGGCGGGCUGGGCCCCCGCGCCUGGAGGAGUCGGUGCCUUGGCACCUGGGCCGGUCCCUCCUCCCCUGACGCCCGCCGAGAUACGACAGUCGGCAUCGCUCUCCUAAUCUGAACGGCGGUGGUCUGACCUCUCCCAUACCUCUCCCUCAGCUCCUCAAAGGGGUCGUUGUCAGAUCUUAAAAAUAAAACUAUUAUAGCCUAUCCAAAAACUGUAUCUGUUUCACGCCUCGUUAUCCUGUGGGCUUACACCGACCAGUCCUUAUAUGGGAUCAGUUACGUAGCUGAAGAGUUUGAGGCCAUCUCUGGGCAAAUGCUGUAUCCUGCUAUAAAUGAAGUGGCCGAAGAUGGUUCAAAACUCAUCACUGUAAUAUAUGAAUACAAAGUGACACCAGAGUCGGUUUCUCCUCAUGCUUUAUGUUACUUUUCCUCCUGCAGCUCCUGGCUGCCCCAGAGAGUCCCGCUCCGAGGGAGCCACUGGCAGAGCUCAUUGCUGGAGUUCAGGACAUCCCUCCCUGUGAGAGCACAACCAAAGAAGAAAAAGAAAGUGGAUGUGAAGAAAGAGCAAGCACAGAAGGAGCGUAUGAAGAAAAAGCUUAAAAAGUUGGAAAAAGCUGCCCCAGAACUGAUUCCAAUUGAGGAUUUUAUAACACCACUUAAGUACUCAGAGAGCAAUAGGGUGCGAAGUCUUCCCGCUCUUUCUCCUGAAGAGUCUGAAAGAAGAGUUUUACUUUUGAAGAAGUGGUGUUUGUUUAAGCAGAAACAAGACGAGGCAGAAAAGAAAGCAAUUAAGGCCCUUGUAGAAUCUCAGCAAGAGGCACUGAAGGAACUGCGCCUGGAAUCCGAGGAGCUGUACCAGGCAGCGGUCCGGAGGGAUGAGGGGCUUUUCCCCUUCGAGAGGGAUGGGCCCACGUACACCCCUCCCCUUCCUGGCUAUGAUCCCCCCGAAGGAAAGUGCAUUGACAUCACCAAGGUGUACACGCAGUGACAGAGGAGCUCCUGCUGCAGCUUCCAGGAGGUGCUCAGCCAGCUGAAGGGAGAAGGACUGGAAUAAGAAUAAACUGUUUUUCCUGCUGGUUACAACAUUACAGGAUGACUGUAAAAAAAGAAAUGAAGUAUCUCUGUCUUUUAAUGAAUAUCCAAGCAAAGCUACACCACCUUACAUAGCGGCAAAGCCAUUUUUUUUUCUUAUAUUGCCAUGUAACUGUUGUAACAAAGUUUCAGUGGGUUUGCCCUAAUACAGACCAGAUCUCUCUCUACAUUUGUUUAAACCUUUGUUUUUCAGUAGUUUUUAAUACUGCCACAGCAUACACCACCACUUGAGAGCAGUUCCACAAAGGGGUAGUUUCAGGGUGUGCAGUCCCCAGGUCAGAAGCUCUUCAACCACCUGAUUUGGGAAAAUGUCUUUUAAAUGCCACUGUUUGAGAUUGUCCUGAGCUGGCACGGAAGAGUCCCGCCUUGGUUUUUUUUCCCCAUGUGGCAGGCCUGGGGUGGGAACCUUGUUCCAAAACUGCUCAGUGCCAGCUGGUAAGGCAAGAGGCCCUCAGAGCUAGAGCAUAUAUGCAUUAAUUUGGAAGGUGCUUGCUGAGAUGAAAUCCUGAAGUGUAAGACAGCACUAAAAGACCA